UGGUGAGUCCAAGAGCACCAUCAUCAUCAUCAUCACCAUCAUCGUUAUCAUUAUCAUCACAAGACUCAUGGGAAUCCAUGCUUCCAGGUCCACCCAGUCGUAACAACUUUGGAUCCGCAGAUCUCAGUUCCCAUGGCCUCCUCGCUUUCCCUUCCGGAAGCUCCAUCUCCAUCGUCGACACACGUUCCAUGCAGUUACUCUCCUCAUUUCCCAUCCCUCCGCCACCUUCCUCCGCCGCUCCCUUCGUCACCGCCCUCCGCUGGACACCAAUCCCUCUCAACCGCCAUCUCCUCUCGUCCGAGCCUUCCUCAUCUCAUCUCCUCCUCGCCGCCGGCGAUCGCCAAGGCCGCAUUGCUCUCCUCGAUUUCCGCCUCAAGUCCGCGCUACUCUGGUUCGACACCGACUCCAAAUUAGGCAUCCAGGACCUCUGUUGGGUCCAGGCCCGACCCGACUUGUACCUCAUCGCUUCAAUCAACGGUCCUUCUACUCUUUCGCUUUACAACGCUUCCACUGGACGCUGCGUUUGGAAGUACGACGCUUCUCCUGAAUUCUUCUCUUGCAUUCGCCGCGAUCCCUUCGAUUCUCGCCGCAUCUGCGCGAUUGGCCUCAAGGGUUUUCUCUUGUCCCUCGUCGUUCUCGGCGAUAGUGAGGACGGUAUCGUUGUCAAGGAGCUUCAGAUUCGGACCGAUUGUAGCGAGUUGGUUAAGCUGGAGAGAGAUGGGGCUGCUGCUGCUUCGGCGGCGGCGGGGCCAUCGCCCUCUUCCGCGGCGUUUCCUCUUUACGCGGCGAGGUUCAACUUUUCCCAGCAGUGGAGGCACAUUUUGUUCGUCACGUUUCCGAGGGAAUUGAUUGUGUUUGACUUGCAGUAUGAGACUGUGAUUUUUUCUACUGCGUUGCCUCGUGGUUGCGGCAAGUUUCUUGACGUAUUGCCUGAUCCGAAUAACGAGUGGAUCUACUGUGCUCAUCUUGAUGGCAAGCUCAGCACCUGGAGGAGGAAACCUGGGGAACAAGCACAUAUUAUGUACUCAUUGGAAGAGUUAAUGCCAUCAGUUGGUACCUCUGUCCCUUCUCCUUCAAUACUUUCUGUCCUUUUAUGCCAAUCAGAUUCAACAGUUCAGAACAUUGGCAAUAAUUAUUCUGAUUUACCUAGUUCUCCAUACCUUCGCGAGGAUUUUGAUAAUCCUUUUGAUUUUUGUGAUGAGUCAACUAUUGUUUCUAAGAUACAUUUGAUCUCCAUUUCUGAUGAUGGAAAAAUAUGGAACUGGCUCUUGACUGCUGAAGGGCAUGCAGACACUCAAAAGGAAGAUAAGAAGUUGGGUUUGGUCAAUGAUGACCAUACAGUAUUAUUUCCUGGGGCCAACUCUAACACCAUAGUAUCAUCUGCUGGUAGAUCAGACCAAAACGUGGGCAGGCAAAAGCAACGUCUCAAUGAUAAUAGAAGCUCCCUUUCAAGCUCAGUUUUCAACCGGGAAGAGAUUUUAAUAAAUAUUAGCUUAGUUGGACAGCUUCAGCUUCUUUCUUCAACAGUGACCAUGCUGGCAGUACCAACCCCUUCUCUAAUAGCUACUCUGGCCCGUGGAGGAAAUUAUCCUGCAGCAGCGGUUCCCCUUGUUGCUUUGGGAACACAAAGUGGGACAAUAGAUGUUGUUGAUGUUUCUGCUAAUGCUGUUACCUCAAGUUUAUCUGUCCAUAAUGGUAUUGUCAGGGGACUACGAUGGCUAGGAAAUUCCAGACUGGUUUCAUUUUCUUAUACUCAGGCUAAUGAAAAGUCUGGAGGAUAUGUUAACAAGCUAGUUGUGACCUGCCUUCGAAGUGGCCUUAACAAGAUGUUCCGAGUUUUGCAAAAGCCCGAACGUGCGCCAAUAAGAGCUUUGAGAACAUCUUCAUCUGGAAGGUAUCUUCUAAUUUUGUUUCGUGAUGCACCUGUGGAAGUUUGGGCAAUGACUAAAAGUCCUAUCAUGCUUAGAUCAUUAGCUCUUCCAUUUACGGUAUUGGAAUGGACUCUUCCAACAGUUCCGCGUCCUUCCAAGGAUAAAACAUCUGGGGCAUCGGAUGAAGCAUCUAAACUAUCAAAUAUUUCCUCGUCAGAUUCAAAGGGUUCAAGCUCAGAGGGAUCUCAUGAUGACACUUCUGAAAGUUUUGCAUUUGCUCUUGCGAAUGGGGCACUUGGAGUUUUUGAAGUAUAUGGUAGAAGAAUUCGAGAUUUCAGACCAAAAUGGCCUUCUUCUUCAUUUGUAUCAUCAGAUGGAUUGAUUACUGCAAUGGCAUACCGCCUGCCUCAUGUGGUCAUGGGAGACAGAAUAGGGAACAUAAGAUGGUGGGAUGUGACAACUGGACAUUCUUCCUCAUUCAACACUCACAGAGAAGGAAUCCGGCGAAUCAAAUUCACACCUUUUGUACCAGGGGACCAUAGCCGCGGGCGUAUUGCUGUUCUGUUUUAUGAUAAUACUUUUUCUGUAUUUGAUUUGGACUCGCCAGACCCCUUGGCCAAUUCAGUUUUACAGCCUCAAUUUCCUGGAACCCUUGUCUUGGAACUUGACUGGUUGCCCUUACGAACUAAUAAGAAUGAUCCACUGGUACUGUGCAUUGCUGGAGCAGAUAGUAGCUUUCGUCUUGUUGAAAUAAAUGUAAAUGAUAAAAGACCUGGUUAUGCACUCCAGAUCAGAAACAUAAAGGAGAGAUUCCGGUCAAUGCCUAUAUGUUGUCCCAUACUACUUCCUACACCACAUGCCCUGGCAUUGCGCAUGAUCUUGCAAUUAGGUGUUAAACCUUCUUGGUUUAAUACUUGUAGUACGACCAUAAAAAAGAGGCCUCACUUAAUUCCAGGAACUCCUUCAUCUACAGGAGAUCUCCGCACAUACAUGAUCAACAUACCACCUCUUGGUGACACUGUGGUGCCAGAGAUGCUUUUAAAAGUAUUGGAACCUUAUCGAAAAGAAGGUUGCAUACUUGACGAUGAGAGAGCCAAGUUGUAUGCUAGUCUUGUUGAUAAAGGUUGUGCUGCAAGGUUUGCCUUCGCUGCUACAAUGUUUGGUGAAUCCCCGGAAGCUCUCUUUUGGCUGCAGCUGCCUCAGGCGCUUAAACAUUGGAUGAAUAACAUAUUGGGAAAGCCUCCACCAAAAGGGCUCACAGCGGAAUCUGUCUCUGAGGUUGAUGAGACAUCUUUACUGUCAAGGAUAUCAUCAAAGGGAAAACCAACAGAAGAAAUGGAGAGAGAUGUAUUGCAGAGUCAAGGUCAACUAAGGUUGAUGGCUUUUGAUCAAGAAGAGUUGUGGAAAAGUGCUAGUGAGCGAAUUUCUUGGCAUGAAAAACUAGAAGAUGAAGAAGCUAUACAGAAACGUAUACAUGAGCUUGUGUCAGUUGGAAACCUAGAAGUUGCAGUUAGUUUAUUGCUUUCGACUCCUCCAGAGAGCUCUUACUUCUAUGUCAAUGCUCUUCGCGCAGUUGCUCUCUCUUCUGCUGUUUCGAGGUCUCUUCAUGAACUUGCAGUGAAGGUUGUUGCAGCCAACAUGGUGAGGGCUGACCGAUCACUCUCCGGUACGCAUCUUCUCUGUGCAGUUGGAAGAUAUCAAGAAGCAUGUUCUCAGCUACAAGAUGCUGGGUGCUGGGCCGACGCUGCAACCUUAGCUGCUAGUCACUUAAAAGGAUCAGAUUAUGCAAGAGUGUUGCAAAGAUGGGCUGGGCAUAUCCUGCACAUUGAACAUAAUAUCUGGAGGGCUCUGAUUUUGUAUGUUGCUGCUGGUGCACUACAAGAGGCAUUGGCAGCUCUUCGUGAGGCUCAGCUACCUGACACAGCUGCAAUGUUUAUCCUUGCAUGCCGUGAAAUCCAUGCAGAAAUAGUUUCCAACUUAGAUCCGGAGAAUGACGAUGUCAUUGCAGUUGGUGAAUAUUUUGGGCAAUACCAAAGAAAAUUGGUACAUCUGUGCAUGGAUUCGCAGCCAUUAUCUGACCAAGUAUAGGGCUCGAUGAAAUGGAUUCAAAUUUCUCAUUUAUAUUCAUGGAACCAGUGGUUUGCAAACUCUCGGCCUGAAAAGAAAAAGUUGUUGGCUGAUUGCCUUCCAGUACCGCCCACGUUCUUUGGGUCGAAGGAUCGGAUGCUUUUAUUGCCCGAGCCCCAAAGUUGUUCAAAAGUGUAUAAAGGCAUUGGGAAGGGAAUGACAUUGAGCGACAUGGAGUCUUGGAGGUAGCAAAAUCGGGAAUCUUUUAUGAAACACAAUCCUAUUGAUUGCAGUGAGUAUGGUGAACUUUCUGUAGUUGAGAUUGCAGUCACAUGGAUGAUUGUCCCAUUGUAGCUCGUAUGUAAAAUUUUGUCGGCAACAAAUCAUUAAAUUACAGUCACAUGGUUGCAUUUAGAUAUGCUCGCAA